UAAUGCAGCUAAAAAGAACAGACCAUAUGAAUAUUCUCUGGCCAACUCCGCUGCGCGGCAAGUGGGCCGCGUCCUGUAUGCAAUCGACCUUACUGUGUGUAGUGUUGAUUCAAUGUAGAUACCAAUAAUAUUUUUCCCAAUUAAUAUAUAUAAACAUGUUUUAUCACAUUUCACUGGAGCAUGAGAUUUUGUUGCAUCCUCGAUAUUUUGGCCCUCAAUUACUAGAUACAGUAAAACAAAAACUCUAUACUGAAGUAGAAGGUACCUGCACAGGAAAAUAUGGUUUUGUUGUGGCUGUCACAACAAUUGAUAAUAUAGGAGCUGGCAUUAUACAACCAGGACAAGGUUUUGUAAUUUAUCCAGUAAAAUAUAAAGCUAUUGUAUUCAGGCCAUUCAAGGGUGAAGUAUUGGAUGCAAUUGUUACUCAAGUAAAUAAGGUUGGAAUGUUUGCUGAAAUAGGACCACUUUCAUGUUUCAUAUCUCAUCAUUCAAUUCCAGAGGACAUGCAGUUUUGUCCAAAUGUAAACCCAGCUUGUUACAAAUCAAAAGAAGAGGACGUCAUUAUUCAAGCAGAUGAUGAAAUCAGAUUAAAAAUUGUAGGUACAAGAGUCGACGCUACAGGAAUUUUUGCUAUUGGAACGUUAAUGGAUGAUUAUCUGGAGAAAUAUCUAUGCAAACUUUUAUUCUGAUUGGUAAACAAAUGGAUGCAAGUAGUUUAUAAUUAUACAAAAAAUACAUUAGCAAUAUACAUUCUUUUAAUUCAUAUUUGUUUGCACUGUUAAUCUCUUUUUGCUUGCUGUACUGAUAAAUUCGCAAUAAAAC